GUCGUCCAUCUUUUAAAUACAGCCUAUGGUCUCCACCAACUCCUGAGGGAAAUAUCUGGCUCUUUAGCUGCGAAAUGCUCCACUAUGUUGACCAGCUAGUCACUAACUGUGUCUGUUUGUUAGAGUAAAGUUGGUUUAUUAAAGUAAACUGAAACAGCUUCCUGCUGCUGCUGAAAACAACCCUGAUGAGAGUGGUGAGAGUAGUGAAAACAGUUGUGGGUCGUAAAAACCAAUACAAUCAGAUAAAAGACUAGAGCUGUGAACUGCAGAGUCUGGUGAUAAUUCUCUGUGGGUUUUGAUCAGUUGUUAAUAUAAAAAUAUUGAUUGGUGCGGCUUUAAUUGUUAAUGAAUCAUUUAUCAAUGCUUUAAUAGAUCAGUAAUAACAACAUUUGGGUUAGCACAAGUACAGUGUGUGAUGAAUCAAGUGGAUUACAGCGGAGGAUUGGAUUGCCUUGAAGGAUGCAGCGAAUUAAACCUGCAUGUUAAGUCCAGGUUGCUGCCUCAUUGUGCAGCUCGGGAAGAAUCUGAGUGUGUGGACUGAAGGUAAACUGGGAGUGAUGGGAACGACCUGGAUCUCAUGGAGAACAACUACAACGGUCAUCAUUACUAUACUACAAAUCCAAGCUCUGAUCAGUGUCAGAACCACAGCUGUUACCGGUGUGGAAGGUCAGAGAUUUGACUUCAGAUGUGUAUAUCCAGACAACUGGCAGAGCAAUGCUAAGUACUUCUGCCAUGACAAUGAUGACAAUGUGUCCUCCAAUCCCCUGAUACGGACAGACAAACACAACCAGUGGGAAAGAAACGGACGUUUCUCUUUGUAUGACAACAUCACCGGAGCCUUCUUCAUUGUCAGGGUGGACAAACUCCUCUCAGAGGACAGCGGGACGUACCGAUGUGGGGUGGACGUCAGCUCCCACCCUGAUCAUAUCAGUUUCAUACAACUGAAUGUUUCCAAAGCAAACCCUGCAGAACAUCUCACACAUUACAAGUUCCACCUGCCGCUGUACCUGACUACAGUGAUGUGUGUGGCAGCGAUACUGUGUGUGUGUCUGUUUACACUUUGUCUUCUGCUGGCUGUUAAACACAGAAGAUCAGGCCCACACCUAAAUAGAGAGACAUCAUCUGACUACGAGACAAUGAUGCCUGGUGUAAUAACUGAACCUGAGCACCGCUGCAGCUGUUCGUCUCCAGACUGCCCUGAUCUUUCAGCUUUACCGCCGCCACCACCUGACCUCUGCCCCCACUUCACAUCAAAGCACCGGGAGUCCACUGUCACUCUCGGCCUCGGGGAAUAUGUUGAUGUGGAUGUACCAGGGCACAUCUGUCAGUACCAACAUCUGGAUCUCAGCCGGUUAGAGGAGCACAUCUAUCACAGCCUUCAGGGAAACAGCGGGCCUAAAUAUGGACCUCUGGGAGUCAAAGAACAGAUUAACUGUUGAUACUGUUAAAGGAUAAUUCUAGGUUAAUUACAACUUUGGUCUUAUUUUUAAAGUUUUGGCCAUCGUUUCUUUCAGUUAUUAUAACUUUGCACUCACAAAAGUAAUUGCUGAGAACUGGGAACAUGGUGACUUCACUGCAACAAAGUCUAACAGAAAGUCCGUAACUUUAUUGUUAUCCUUUGUUUUUCUUGUUGCCAUGUUCCCAGAUCUCACCAAUUAACUUGGAGAGCAAUGCGUUAUUAUUAUUAAUAGGAAUGAUGGCUAAAACAGCAACAAUAAGACCCAGGUUGUAAUAAACUUUACUGUGUAUGGAUGAAACAAAGAGUUGAAGAGACGUUGGUCAAUUCAAAAGUUAACGAUUCAGGAUCUUUAGUAAGUCAAGUAGUUAUAGUGUUAGUUUUUGCUGUGUUUUGUGAUUUUGUAGAAGAAAAUGCACCAUUUUGGAUGGCACAAACAAAAGAAAAGACAAAGAGAUAAAGAGAUACUGCAGUCUGAGCAGGACUCAUAACUUAAGCUGUCAGAGUUAACAAAAUCCCCAGAGAAGAGCAAACUGGAUGUUUUAACCACUGUCUAAAUAUUUCACCAUAAUAAACCAAGUAGUAAUAUC